AUGGUCGACCGCGAUGCGAUAACAGCUCCACAGUGGGGCAUCAACAUACUUCUUGACGGAGAUAACACUGGCCAUCAAUGCUGUUGGUCGGUAAUGCCGCCUAGAAAGCCUCAUCUUAAGCCAUCUAUGCCAGGCGCUACAUCAUGCCAGCAAACCGGACACGAAGCACCAAUUCUCAGGGCAGACAAAGGUCUUGCUCAGAAUGCGCAAAAUCCAAACGUAAAUGUGGCUUGGAGCAGCCCAGUUGCGCACGAUGUAUCAGACGACGUCCCGUACACCUUUACACCAGAUAUCGAUGCUACAAUCAAUCAACUCAAUAUACCUUUGGAUCUUGCGGAACUGGAAAAUGUUCAUCUCGAUUUCAAUUUCGACGAGUCUGCCAUAGCAACAACCUCCAAUACGGACACCCUGGAUUUCGACUUCCCGGCUAGUACGACCUGUGUCGCUUCCUUCCCAGCUGCACUGCAAAACUCCCCAAACUUCGACAACCAGACGGCUCUUCAAAAGGCUCCAACGCAGGCGAAGAAUCAAUUCUUGUCAAUUAACCUCUCCCCUUACGCGAGGGCGAGGAUGGGUUAUUUCCUCGAGCACAUGCAGUUGGUACCAAGAACAAUGGUAGAGCAAAACCGUACGCCAUGGAUGCACUCAACGCUCUACGACAACCAUAUGCCCCGUUGCUUACAACACGCCCACGCUGCAUGUGCACUCUACAUUACCAAAAAUCAGAUCAAUGCUGGGCGCGUCGCACACCAUAUCCAGAGUCGUGUGGAAGAGUUGCUCAAUGAGACUGUACCCGAUACGCCGAUCGAGAUCCUCGCUCGAACUCACGCAACCAUGUUGUACCAACUCAUGCUUGUAUUUGGCAGCGAUAUCCGCCCUUGUGUACAGACCGAUGCUUUGUCAUCUCACCUAGAAGAGAUGGAAGCGAUGCUCGUACCGAUUGCUACUGAGGAGAAUGAGCAUGUAGGCGCUCUCCCAUUGUACCCAUCCACAGCGGCUCACUCGGCCUGGCGAUCAUUCAUAUUCCGCGAGUCGGCUCGACGUACAGUCCUAGCUGCAUAUCAAAUCACAGUAAUGUACACGGUCCUCACGGGUCAAAUGAAAACUUGCAGCCAAGAUAUUGCACUCAAGUCUCGCGUCACGCUAUCCGCGCACUUGUGGAAAGCCGCCAACGCCUUCGAUUUCGCCAUGAGUUGGAACGCAAAGAAUCACUUUGUUGUCAGGGGACUGGAGUUUACGAAUGUAUUGGAGGAAGCGCAGCCAGACGAUCUCGAUGUGUUUGGGAACAUACUGCUCAUCUCUUUGCAAGGCAUCGAUGAUAUUCGUGGAUGGUACCACGUACGAGGCGGGACAUUGGAACUACCUUGA